AUGUCGUCUGCUAGACAGAUUAGACAAGAACACGAUGAGGCACAUGAUGCCCAAGGAUAUCUUCUGCCAAACAACGUUCGAUAUGCAACUAUCAAUGAAGUUGGAACUUGUACUCCCGAUUCUAACGUCGAAACAGGAGCAAAGUAUUGCACACUAAAGGUUGCUAAAAUUUGUGCUAUCGCUGUUGCAGUGACUUCAUUAGCGGCAAACGUCAUUUUUGUCACAAUGUUCCUAAAAGGUAAAUAUUCACCAUGUGCAGUAAGUCCAAAAGGCGAUUUAGAGCCGACUUCUCCUGAUAUACGACAUAAAACCGUACGUGGUUGUUUGGAUGCCAUAAAUAUGACUGCAUCCGAUCCACUCGAAGAACGAACGGCUGAGAAAAUUGAAACCUGUUUUGAAGAGAACAAUCAUUUUGAUGCUAUUGGGAGAAACGUUACCAAAAUGACAUCUUUGAUGUAUGAUGCGUGUCCCUCUGGAGAUUUCUUGCUGGUACGAAGUAAUGACCACAUGUUUGAUAAAGUGAGGAAGGUUCGUCCAAACUGUAAGAAAAUAGUUUUGGGAAUACUGACACAACAUAUGCUACACUCCCCGGAAUAUUGCUUCUAUCUUGCGUGUAAAGUUAACGCCAACGUUGUAUACUACGAUCCAAAAAUGGAGUGCGCAGCGUAUAAAUGUGAAUCAAACUCCGAUGGAAUAGACUGGGCGUACAAGUGGACAGAUGAGUUCGCAACUUAUACAGGAAGGACAUAUGCCAGGCCACAUACAUAUAUCCAAGCUUGCCAUAAUUCGUACUUUAUGAGAAGGACAUGGACAAAGAGUGUUCUGGCUACUUGUUUCCGUAUAUCAGAUACAUUUGUCAAAAGCCUAUCGGAAUGUGUAGAAAAGGCAUGUAUGGAUAAAGCAAAUACCUUGAACUUCGUGUCCCAUAGAUUAUCUGGAUACAGUUGUGAAACACAACACUGCCAAUGGGAUGUUACCACAAACGACUACGUUUUCAAUCUUCGACCUCAUGAAGAUAUGCAUUCGAACUCAGUGGUUUAUAGUCUUUCUCAUGUUACUAGACCUAUUAAAAAUUUACUUCAAACUGAACCAGUUGAAUUUCCGAUGCAAAUUCCUGGACUGUGUGGGUCUCCAGGACACUUCAAUGGACACAAAUCAACAGAUCGGGAAAUAUCAAACUUUUUCAGCGAGUCUGGAUCCAAUACAUUUAUAUACGUAAAUGGAGAUAAAAAGUUCCUUGCCUAUACGUGUACUCCAAACCAUGAAGGAACAUAUUGGAAAUUCUACGAUAAUAAAUGCUAUGGCGACAAGACAUUUUCAAAAUGGUGGAUUGUUCCUUAUCCAGGAACCCCGAACUGUAAAUCUGACAUGUUCACUCUGAGGCGUAUGGGAGCAUCCUGUCAGAAGUCAAAUUGUGACUCGAGUGGUUCCAAGAAAGUCUCGACUGCUCGGGAUUUACGACAAUGCAUGCUACAUGCGUGUGAAAAAGGCUACAAUGUCAUUAACUAUUUUAGUAACGCGACCUCGAUUGUCUGUGAGUUGAGGAAUUGUUAUAGAUAUAAAGGUGGUGACUAUAACUUUCGAUACGAAGCCACGGGUGACACUUAUGGAUACGAUGUCUACGCAUUACAGCCUGAUUCUAACAUCUACAAUAGCCGUGGGAGUAAUUCUGUGUAUGCAAAAUACACAAUAUCAUACAACUUUCGUCUCGAUAAAACAUAA